ACAGAAAGAAAGUAGGUCCCACAUUUGCAGAUCAUCGAAGCUCAUAGAUGGCGAGAUCAAUGACUGAUUGACUGUCUUAAAACAAACCCUAUCUUCAAUUUGCCCGCCCAAACGCUCCCAAAUCUCCCAAAUUCAAAAUUAAGCUCAUCAAAUCCAUUUUUAAAAAAAACCUAAAUUUUCAUUAUUACCUUUUUUUUUUCAAUCCAUAAUCGCUCACUAUCACUAUCACUAUAAAAGUUCAAGUAUUUCUCUUUCUUUACAACCAAAAGAAAAAAAAAAUCAAAGCUUUGAAUCAAAUCAAUCAAAUACUAACCUCAGUUUCUAAUUGUUACAAAUGGCAACCUCUGAUCCCACUCCUCCUCUUCCUGUCCCUGCUCCCCUAGCUCCUAAGAAGGAGAAUAUCACUCCAAUCGGUUCAAAAAUCGCAGAAUUGAAUGAAUCAAGGACUGAGCUGCUUGGUAGAAUUCAAGGCUUGAAACAGGAUCUACAAAAUUGGAGGUCAAAGUUGGAUACCCAAGUUAAAAUUUACCGCGAUGAGCUGACAGAACUAAAGAAAACACUUAAUGUUGAAGUGGAGCAACUACGCACAGAAUUUCAAGAAUUGAGGAACACUCUCCAUCAGCAACAGGAAGAUGUUACUGCUAGCUUAAGGGAUUUGGGGCUGCAGGAUGUGUCAAAGGGUGCUGAAGAUCCCAAGGUUGAAGGAGAGGAUGAGGAAGUGGAUAAUUCACCCACAAAGGAAAAUGGCAAGGAAGUGGAGAACUAGAUGGGUUGAUACUGGAAUGUGCAGUCUCGUACUUCUUGCUCCUGGAGCUUGUUAUAAACUAUUAUUAUCAUGUUUCUUUGUUUUCUAGCACAAGAAACAGCUUUCAUCUGGAUCAGUUGAUAUGGUAUUGGCAUUUAUUUGGUCUUCUUUUUUAAACGAUGCUUCCAUAUGGUCACAAUGAAAACAAAACAAUGCCUUUUGUCUUCCAGCCUGGGUGUUUAAAAGAAUGCACAUAGGCUCACCAUCUGAGCUCAGGAAAGUAGAAAUCAUAUUGCACUUGUGUGAUUGUGUUUUGCCAGGAUAUGGCUUGUCUGUGAAUGUUCCAAUCCUAUAAACUGGUCAAGGAGAGAUUAGAGAU